AGAUAAGUAACCCCGAUCACACGAUAUAGCAAGCCACAUAAAAAUUUGUGAUAUCAAAUUACCAUAACUCUGUCUUAUACCAAUAAUCAAAUCUUUCCAAAAACGAUUGAAAGUUCAACAUACAAGACAAAACAUAGAAAAAGGAAGAAAACUUACAAUAUUAUAACCACAAGACUACGCUUUUAAAGUCGUCGUACAAUAUAAAUAGCCAUGAUGAGCAUGAAGCAUACUUAAUAAAAAAAAGUUGAGUAGUAAGCAAAGGAAAAAAAAUAAAAACCUCCAUAAACAAAAAAAAAUUUAUAUAAAAAAAAAAAAAAAAAAAAAUCACUUUAGAAUAUCCUACAGAAAAAUAAAGAUGAUGAUGAACACAAACGAUAUGUUCAUGCAAUUUGGGUCGUUUUUAGCAACCAUUAUGUUCGUCAAGGCCAUGUAUGAGCAAUAUCUCCCUCAUCAAUGGCGUGAUUCGAUCCGUUCAUUCAUGUACCGAUACACGGAGAGAAUAGUAAGGUUUUUCUCUCCGUAUCUUCAUAUAACCUUUGAAGAAUAUACCGGGGAACGAUUUAGUCGGAGUGAGGCUUACAUAACCAUUCAAACUUACCUUAGUGAAAAGACUUCGGAUAAAGCGAGGGGAUUAAAGGGUAAUUUUGUUAAGGAUGGUAAGGCGUUAGUGCUUGGAUUAGCUGAUAACGAGGAGGUGACCGAUGUUUAUCAAGGUGUUAAGGUGUGGUGGACUAGCCAUAAGAGUUUUGCUAAAUCUCAAACCAUCAGUUUCUACCCUGGAAUGGAUGAAAAAAGGCAUUAUAACCUCACUUUUCAUGGAAGUAACAGAAAGUUUGUCACUGAAACAUACUUGAGUUACGUUUUAAAUGAAGGCAAAGCAAUUAAAAUCAAGAACAGGCAAAGAAAGUUGUUCACCAACGUAAAAGAAAAAAGUGGAUCAUACUUUAGUAGAGGAAGCUUAUGGAGCCAUGUUGAGUUCAAGCAUCCGGCUUCUUUCGAAACCCUAGGUAUGGAAGCGACCAAGAAAAAUGCUAUAAAAAAUGACCUUCUUCGCUUUAGAAGUGCUAAGGAUUACUAUAAUAAGAUUGGAAAGCCAUGGAAGCGCGGUUAUCUCUUGUAUGGACCUCCUGGCACUGGUAAAUCAACCAUGAUUGUAGCCAUUGCUAACUUAUUGGAGUAUGACAUUUAUGAUCUUGAGCUAACCGCGGUUAAAGAUAAUACUACAUUAAGGCAGCUACUCAUUGAGACUUCAGGGAAGUCGAUAAUUGUGAUUGAAGAUAUUGAUUGUUCACUUGAUCUUACUGGAGAAAGAUCGACAACAAAGAAUGAGAAGGAGAAGGAUAAUGAAGGAGAAGAUGAUAAGGAGAAGGUUAAAAAGAAGAUGAAAGAUGAAGGAGAAAGCAAAAAAAGUGAGGUAACUCUUUCAGGGUUGUUGAAUUUUAUUGAUGGAAUAUGGUCUGCUAUUGGAGAAGAGAGGUUAAUUAUUUUUACUACUAAUCAUAUUGAGAAGCUUGAUCAAGCACUAAUUCGAAGAGGGCGAAUGGAUGUGCAUAUUGAGCUUUCGUAUUGUUGUUUUGAGUCGUUUAAGGUGCUUGCGGAUAAUUAUCUAGAUGUUAAAUCGCAUCGUUUGUUUGAGACUAUAAAGGGCUUGUUAGAGGAGACUAAGAUGAACCCUGCUGAUGUAGCUGAGAGCUUGAUGCCAAAGUCUCUUGAGUUAGAUGUUGAUGCUUGUUUAGAAAAUUUGGUUAAAGCUUUGGAGAAGGCGAAAUUGGAUGAUCAAUUGAAGAAGGAAAAGGAAGAAGAAGAAAAGGAGAAGGAGAGGAAAGCAAAAAUAGAGGCUAAGGAAGAAGGGAAGGAGGAACAAGAAGAAAAUGCUAAUGAGAAUAAGACUAAGAGUGACGAAUGAAAUAUGAACAAACAAUGAUGUUAAGCAGAUCGAAGGGGUUAAAAAUAUGUACUAAUUAUUGUUUAAGUGAUAUCUUGUGUUGUCAUAUACGAAGUAUGUAUUUUAAAAUUAAAACUUUUGUAAUAAUUGAUUGAAAUUAAUUUGGAGUCAAAGUUUUAUUUUA